AUGUGGAAUAAGCCCUCCAAAAGCCGCAAGUCAAAGGGAAAGGCCCAAAGUGCCAGCAGCAAGAAGGGAAAGGGCGGUAAGAAGGGUGCAGGUGGCAGGAAGAAGAAGAAAAAGGACAAGAAGGAGAAAGAAACUGAGGUGGAUAUUCUGAGCCCGGCAGCCAUGUUCAACCUGUACUACAUCUCUCACAAUGUCACCGACAGCCUAAGCUUUCGAGGCUUUGCCUGGCCUGGUAGUCCAAAGAAGAAAGGACGGCGAUGA